AUGUUUAACAUUAAAGUACCACAAUUAAUUGUGCACUUAAUUAAAAGAUGCUUAGAUUCCAAUCCGUUAAACCGACCAAUAGCAGAAGACAUAUACAAAAUUUUACUUAGAUGGCAAUAUGAACCAAAUGAUAAGCAAACAAUAGAAUUACAAGCACAAAUUAAGGAAGCAGAUGAAAUCAACAAUAAUUCACCAAAUAGCGAUAUAACUUCAAAUAAUUUAGGAAUAUCAUAUAAUACACAUUCAGAAGCUACUUACACAAGUAAACUACUUAAUCCUGAUAAACUUCCAGAACCAAAAAAUUCCGACGGUUAUUAUGAUCAAAAUGAUAAUAUAAUUAGCAAGGAAUUUUCAG